AUGUACGACGUGGCGAUGGAAACUGUUUUGGCCGUGAACCCGGCUACCAUGAUUGUCAAAGAGUGCAUCAAUCUUUGUUCUACCAUGAACAAACAGUCUAGAGAUAAAUCACGAACAAGUGUAGCUGCAUUGUUGGGUGGGGGCAGUGAUAUAUUCAUAAGUCAAAGUGAUUCAUUUGUUGACAACUUCCACAAUUUAUCUACUUCUAACCAUCACGAUCCUCUGAUAUCUGGCUUAGUGCAGCUGCGGCUAAAAAUUAAUGAUUUGAAGGCUUUAAAAGCAUUAAAUGCUUUAGAACUUUUAAAUCCAUUUUUACAAAUAGUCAAUGCUAGUUCAGUAUCUGGUUAUACUACUUCUCUGGCUCUGGACUCGUUACAGAAAUUUUUUACUCUAAAAAUCAUAAACAAAACAUUUAGUGAUAUUCAAAUUGCCGUUAGGGAAACUGUUGUUGCGCUAACGCAUUGUAGAUUUGAAGCCUCAAAGCAAAUUUCGGAUGACUCCGUUUUAUUAAAGGUUGUAACAUUACUACGCGAUAUUAUAACCUCUUCCUUUGGAGACUAUCUUUCCGAUACUAUAAUCUAUGAUGUUUUACAAACAACACUUUCGUUGGCAUGUAAUACACAGAGAAGCGAGGUUUUGAGGAAAACAGCUGAAGUUACAAUUGCAAGGAUAACCGUUAAACUAUUCACAAAGUUGAAGUUACUAGAUCCGCCAACAAAAACAGAAAAAUAUAUAAACGAUGAAAGCUACACUGACAAUAAUUUGAAGGAUGUCAUUAUAGGUACCACUGCGUCUGAUAAAGAUUUGAGCCGUACUGAUGAUGACAGUGCUGUUGCAGAUGAUUGUAAAAAUGAGAAUCAAAUUGAGCAGGUCACAAGAGAACAGGAAAAUGAUGAAGAAAAGGGUGAGAAAGCCGAAGAAGUUGAAUCAAAUUACGGAAUAACAGUUAUCAAGGACUAUCUAGGAUUAUUGUUAUCAUUGAUUAUGCCAGAGAAUAGAAUGAAGCAUACAACUUCGGCCAUGAUAUUAUCUUUACAGUUAAUCAACACGGCCAUUGAAAUAUCCGGAGACAAAUUUCCUCUCUACCCUCGUCUAUUCAGCUUGAUUUCCGAUCCAAUUUUUAAAAGUAUUUUAUUCCUUAUACAGAGCUCCACCCAGCAUUCCCUUUUGCAGGCAACUUUGCAAUUAUUUACGACUUUGGUUGUGAUAUUAGGUGAUUAUUUGCCUAUGCAGAUUGAAUUGACUUUGAGGAGGAUAUUUGAAAUUCUAGAGGACACCACAACCUCCGAUGACAUCCCCAAGAAAAAGCCACCUGCAAUCAAGGAAUUAAUUAUUGAACAACUUUCCAUAUUGUGGAUUCACUCUCCCGCUUUCUUUCUACAGCUAUUUGUAAAUUUCGAUUGUAAUUUGGACAGGUCAGAUCUUUCGAUUGACUUUAUAAAAAAAAUAGCAAAUUUUUCUUUACCAGCUGCGGCAGUCAAUACUUCUAAUAAUGUUCCUCCAAUAUGCCUUGAAGGUGUAGUUUCUCUUAUUGAAAACAUAUACAAUGAUCUACAGAAAUUGGAAAAGGCAGAAUUUGUAAAAAAUCAGAAAGAAAUUGACAUUUUAAAACAGAGAGAUAGAAAGACUGAAUUCAUAUUGUGUGUUGAAACAUUUAAUGAGAAGGCGAAGAAAGGCAUUCAAAUGUUGAUUGAAAAAGGAUUUAUUGAUUCAGAUUCCAAUAGAGACGUUGCUUCAUUUUUAUUUUUGAAUAACGGACGUUUAAACAAGAAGACUAUAGGUCUAUUACUUUGUGAUCCAAAAAAAAUUUCAUUAUUAAAAGAAUUUAUAGAUCUAUUCGACUUCAAAGGUUUAAGGGUUGAUGAAGCAAUCAGAAUUUUACUGACAAAAUUUAGAUUACCAGGGGAAUCCCAACAAAUUGAGAGAAUUGUUGAAGCUUUUUCCGCAAAAUAUUCUGCAGAUCUAAGCAAUAAUAAAAUAGAAAUAGAGGAUAAAAAAACGGUAAACAAUGACCCGGAGUCAAUGACAGAAGACGAUGUCAUUCAUGUACAACCUGAUGCGGACUCUGUAUUUGUUUUAAGUUAUUCGAUAAUCAUGUUAAACACUGAUUUCCAUAACCCCCAGGUUAGGGAACAUAUGUCUUUUGACGACUAUUCUAACAAUUUACGAGGAUGCUACAAUGGAAAAGAUUUUCCUCACUGGUACCUGCAAAAAAUUUACACAUCCAUUAAAGUUAAGGAAAUAGUAAUGCCUGAAGAGCAUCAUGGAAAUGAGAGAUGGUUUGAAGAUGCCUGGAAUAACUUAAUCUCAUCAACAUCAGUUAUGACAGAGAUGCAAAGAGAUUUCAUAAACCCUAUUUCUCGGCUAGCACUAAUUGACAUUCUUCAGUUUGAGAAAGCAAUUUUCUCAAAUGUCAGAGAUAUUAUCCUAAAGACAUUAUUCAAUAUAUUUACAGUUGCCUCUAGUGAUCAGAUAUCCUUAAGUAUUUUGGACACCAUUAGUAAGUGCACUUUUAUCAACUAUUACUUUUCCUUUGACCAAUCAUAUAAUGAUACUGUCCUUCAUCUGGGAGAAAUGACAACAUUGGCACAACCCGGUGCAAAAGAAGGGGAGCUAGAUGUUGAUAGUAUUCCAUUGGUUGAGAUAUUCGUCGAAGACACUGGGUCAAAAAUAUCCGUUAGUAGCCAGAGUAUAAGGCUUGGACAAACCUUCAAGGGUCAGUUAUGUACUGUAUUAUAUUUUCAAAUCUUUAGAGAAAUAAAUGAUCCUAGCAUUAUUUCUACUAAACUAUGGAACCAGAUCGUCCAAAUCAUUUUGAAAUUAUACGAAAAUCUAUUGAUGGAAUCGAACUUGGCUUUUUUCAAAAAUUUUCAUUCGCUCUUAAAACUUCCUGAAUUACCAUUACCGGAUCCAGAUAUAUCAAUUCGCAAAGCAAAGAUGAGCAGGAGCCUUCUGUCUACUUUCGCAUCCUACCUGAAAGGCGAUGAAGAGCCUUCAGAAGAAGAUAUCGAUUUUUCCAUCAAAGCGUUUGAGUGCAUCAAGGCUAGCCGUCCUUUCAGUUCAGUCUUCGAAAAUAGUCAACUCAUAACUCCUAAGCUGCUUGAAACGCUCCUCUCUUCACUUGUGGUCAAAAAGACCAGUGAAAAUUUGCUCUAUUUCGAGCAAGAACUUCUCUUUUUGUUAGAAAUAUCCAUUAUAUUGAUAUCAGAGGAGGCGCCUUGUAAAAAAGAAUUUGGAGCACUAAUUGCCGAUCGUGUUGUUAAUAUCUCGAAUUCGGAUGGCCUUUCCAAGGAGACUAUUGCAAGACUUAGCUCGUAUAAAAUGUUUUUAGUCCCCAGAUUCAAUAAUCCACGGAACAUUCUAAGUGAUUUAGUAGAACAUGAUUUUUUGAUAAAAAAUGAAAUCUUCAAUACCAAAUAUUAUGAAAGCGACUGGGGUAAGCAGGUAUUAGAUGAUCUGUUUACAUAUCUCAGCCAGGUAAAAUACAAUGAGCAGGUUCUCAAAAAUGUAAAAUUUUGGAAUUUUUUAAGGAUGUUAAUGUCGACUAAAGACAACCAACUUGCGGUCUAUCAAUUUUUGGAAAAAUAUAUUCAAAAUGGUGAAAUUUUUCUAGAUGAUGGGAACUUUAUGAACAUAUUAAGCUUGCUUGAUGAGAUGUCAUGUGCAGGCGCCGUUGGUACAAAAUGGGAACAAAAUUGUGAAAAUUCAGUCGAGGAUGGGGGCGAAACAGCUGAAGCCAACCCAUACCGUUCCGUUAUUGAUAUAUCUAGCCGUUCCAUUAAUAUAACUGCAGACUUACUUUCGUCUGUUAAGCGGAAAAAUUCUGCUCUCAACAAGACUGAAAUUAUAGCUGCUAUCCAGGGUCUCGCUCAUCAGUGUCUCAAUCCUUGCGACGAACUAGGUAUGCAAGCAUUGCAAGCAUUAGAGCGUCUUUUGUUAUCUCGAACAAGUCAACUACCUCCAGAAGAAGUUGCGAUGGAUGAUUUAAUAGAGGCUGGAUUAUUACCGAUUUUCGAGCUGGAUGAAAUUCAAAAUGUCAAGAUGAAACGAAUUACUGACAUUCUAUCCGUACUUUCUAAAAUUUUCUUGCACCAACUUGUGGAAGGUGUCGCAAACAAUGAAACGUUUUUGAGGGUGCUGAACGUAUUUAACAAGUAUGUAGACGAUCCCACGGUGGAAAGGCAGUUACAAGAGUUGAUUAUUUCAAAAAGAGAAAUCGGGAAGGAGUAG